CUACCAGUGGAGGAAAGGAAUAUAUAAACAGAGCAUAUUUGACUAGAAGCUAAUCUAAGUUUUCAGUCGCACAAUACAACUCUGUCUUGACAGAACAAAGUUUUCUUUGCUCUAUUAAAGCUUUCGUUUUGCAUCCUCUUUAACCAUGAAGCUUAUUUCGAUACUGCUUCUAGUUUCUGCCAUGUUUCUUGUCCAGUUGGUAGCUGUAAGCUCAGCACCCGUUACCCUGAUCGUUGGGACACCGUAUCUCUUCAAUAAGUUCGACUACAAAGUAGAUCCAAACAGAGGAGCUGAACUCUCGCCCGCUUUCCAGCAACAGCAUGGCCCAUUCGGACAAAACUUGGUCAAUUCCUUUGGUAACGGCAAUCUCUGAAAAACGCAACAAAUAAAAAUCUCGAAGCAUUAGUGUAAGCCAUUCUAUAUCCGCCAAUGUUGUACAAAUAAAUUCAUCUAUUUCGUU